CACAGUUCUUCGGUCGUCUACCAACCAAUCACAUGCGAAUAUCACCUCUAGUAAUUUAAAGCAUCAUUCAGACUCAAUUUUAGAUGCAAUGCUAUUGGGGAGCAAAUAAACCUCGAUAAAAACUAACUAGAAAAUUCUAAAGAACUCUACCAGCGAGUGGCUUUGAAUCCCUACAAACAAAGAACUGAAAAAAUGUGAAUUUUCCGUUAUUUUGCGAAGCAGAAACUUAAUCGCAACGUCAACUAUAAGUAGUGGAAAGGUCAGUAUUUUUAGGACAAUACUUUUGGCGUUAAAGACAUGACAAAACGAUUCUUCAUUGACUCUCGUAUUAUACUCGCGAAAUACAGAGACAAAAACGUUGCAAUUCUGGCAUCCAACUCCAACAGGGCGCCACCGGCCAAGCUGUCCAUGAAUUCCUCCACAUCAUUGUAUCUGUAUGGCCUCUUAGCCGUAUUUGUAUUGUGCAGUGUUACCCUUACCUGGGACACACCCAUGUUCCAACAAUAUCACGAACACUACAUGUCACACUCAACUUACAGGGGAGUUGACGUAUUCACAGAAAAGCUAAAUUCACCCACAGGACCAGAACAUUUUAUGGAGAACUUCUAUAUUUGCUAUGGACAAGAUGGUCGUAAAACUUACUACAAAAAACUGGACAAAACGUACUUUUCCAACAAGCGCUUCUGGAUUAUCACUUCGAGUGGGAAAUUUAUUGCGUCAAUGAAAUCCUGCUAAAUUAAAAAAUAUUCAUUAAUUUAUUGCGAUAGUGUUUUGCGCAUUUUUUGCUCUUGACCAUGUGACAAUGAAUGAAAUGUGAAUUACUUUCUAUAGCCAAUCAAAAUAUUCAACAGCCAUUGAUGCAUUCAGGAAAACAAAAUAUAUCAUUUAAGCGCAGUUUCCUAAUUGGAUAAACAAACGCUUAAUUUCGCUUUAGCCAAUCAAAAAGCGGAAAAUUGAAAUCUCAUCGAUAUCCAAUGAAAAUGCUUAAAUUGUCUUCAGAAGCCACUUGAGAGUUGAGGCCCGGAAACGCGCGUGCAAUAGUUGCAUCGUGUGUCAGGCAGGCUUUUACAUUACCACUCAGAUAACAUUUACUCGGGCUUAUUAAACCUAUGCUGUUUUAACUGAUCUUGAAAAAUGCUAUACUGCGUAAAUAAACUUUCACAUAUAUAAUUACAUAACAUAGACAAUGCGUAGUAAAAGAAUAAAAGUAUUCUGCAAAAGUAUUCUGAUUCACGCGAAUAAUUAACUCAUGCACAGCUUAAAAACGUCUUUUAAAAAAUUAAAUGUUGAUACCUUAACCAAAUAUUGUAUAUUUCCUUCAGAGGUUUGAUUUAAAUGCAAUAAAUAUAUUUGAAAAAUC